CGCGAGUGUGACGCAGACGCGAUACGGGCGCUUUUUUUUUCGGCUCGUCGGUGGCGGCGACGUCGAAGUCCGCUAGUUCGAUUCCCGGCUGGGGUGGAAACGAGGGUAAAAAUGGAGGAGCUGAGCCAAGCCCUCGCCUGCAGCUUUGCCGUCUCCCAGGACCUCAACAGCACAGCGGCACCCCAUCCCCGCCUGGCGCAGUACAAGUCGAAAUACAGUUCCUUGGAGCAAACGGAGAGAAGACGCCGACUCCUUGAGCUUCAGAAGACUAAGCGGCUGGAUUAUGUAAACCAUGCUAGGAGAUUGGCGGAGGACGACUGGGCAGGAAUGGAGGAGGAAGAGGAGGAGGAGAAGGACGCUGUCAAAGCACCGGCUGAAGACAUGGAGGUAGAGUUGGUGAAGAAGCUACCCAAGAGGUAUGCCAAUCAGCUGAUGCUGUCCGAAUGGCUCAUCGAGGUCCCCCAAGACCUCAGUCAGGAGUGGCUUUUGGUGGUGUGUCCUGUGGGGAAGAGGGCCUUGAUCGUGGCCUCCAAGGGCUCUACUGCAGCUUACACCAAAAGCGGAUUCUGCGUCAACCGGUUCCCUUCUCUCCUCCCUGGGGGCAACCGCCGCAAGUCCGCAGCUGGAAAAGAUUACACGAUCCUGGACUGCAUCUUCAACGAAGCUCAGCAGACGUUCUACAUCCUUGACGUGAUGUGCUGGCGCGGGCACCCCGUGUACGACUGCCAGACAGAUUUCCGAUUCUACUGGCUGCAUUCGAAAAUACAGGAGGAGGCUGGCCUGGGCGAAAAAAGUCGGCUGAACCCAUUUAAGUUUGUGGCCCUGCCCAGUUAUCCCUGCUCACCGGAAAGCCUGUGUAAGGUUCUCAGCACGGAUUUUCCCUUCGAGGUGGAUGGGCUUCUCUUCUACCACAAGCAAAGUCAUUACCACCCCGGCAGCACUCCGCUCGUGGGUUGGCUCCGUCCCUACAUGGUGUCCGACAUCCUGGGGCUGGCCGUGCCUGCCUGCCCGCUGACGGCCAAGCCGGCCUACGCGGGGCAGCAGCUGCAGCAAAUCAUCGAGCAGAAAAGAAGUAAAAACCGGGGAGCGAAGGAGGGCUCCCCGGAGACCGAGACGCCUCCCCGAGACGGCUGCUAUGAGCUGGAACACUUAUCCACGCCGAAGGCGGAAGGGUCUCCUUCAGCCCCACGGGAUGUCGCCAGUGAGAUGGAGAAUUAAGAAGUGCUGCGGGCACCCUGAAGACACGGGGUGGGCGUUCUCCCUCGGCCCUUUCAUGCACACGAGGUUCGGGAGGAGGGCAAAAUGGCACGAGGACAGCAGCUCUCAUUUUGAGUUGCUUUGAGCUGGAAGGCAUUGUUUCGUAGCUGUGCCUCGCUCUUUGAGCAAAACGGGGAUUUAAAGUUCUCAAAACACCAGCGGUUCUGCGGUUAGUUUUAUUUAAAAAAAUUGAUGGGAUUGGAUGUAGCGAAACUGGUAAAUUGGUAAAUCACUCCUCCCUGCAUCAUAGCAGCUUUGAAGAUUUAUAUUUUUGCCAUCUCCAAGGCUGCUCAAUUUGGCAAAAAAAAUCCAAUCCCAUUUUUAAAAAAAAAUGUUGGGGGAAGGAAAUGAGGAAAUAAAUAAUAAUUAGAUGCACACAUUUUAGAUAACCACGUUUUGCCAGGACCACACGCCUUCACUCAUCUUAAAGUUGAUCACUGCAAAUGUCAACAAAAAUAAGCCUUUUUGCAUUUCACUGUUCACAAAGAAGACUCAUUUCCCAUUCUUCUUUGCACAAAGGGUGCGUAUGAAACAACGAGGGAGCUGUUUCCCACUGUUUAGGUUUUAGAUGCACUGAAUAAAGACGUUCUGGGAGAUAUAAAAA